GAAGACUGAAGCAAAAUGGUGAUUAAGACCGAGACGUGCUCGUUCAGCGAGAGCCGCAUCUACCCCGGCCACGGCUCGCGCUUCAUCCGUCGUGAUGGCUCGGCUUACGUGUUCAUCAACUCAAAGAGCAAGUCGCUCUUCAUGCAGCGCAAGAAGGCCACCAAGAUCGUGUGGACCCUGGGCUGGCGCCGCAUGAACAAGAAGCUCAAGGUUGAGGAGGUCGCCCGCCGUCGCGCUCGCAAGACCACCAAGAUCCAGCGUGCCAUCGUCGGUGUCUCGGCUGAGGACAUCCGCAAGAAGCGCAACCAGAAGCCGGAGGUCCGUGCCGCCGCUCGCGCCGCCCUGAAGGAGGCUAAGGAGCGUAGCAAGGCCAAGAAGUCGGUGAACAAGGCCGAGCACGCCAACAAGGGAUCCAAGGGCGGCAACGCCCCCCGUGCCCAGAAGAAGUCGGGCAACCGCGGUGCCAUCUAAAUCAGUUGACCUGAUCGACUGAUCGACGUCGCGACUCGGGAGUCUCGCCACCUCUUGAAUGCCAAUCAUCGACACGGGAAUUUCCCUCUUUACUGCUUUCGGGCAAUGGGCGGGCGCUCUAGUGCCUCGUUUGCCAGUUAGUUUGGACGCAGUCUGUGCUGCCGAGUUAAGUGGAACGAACACAAUAGAGGUCAGUCUUGGAGGGGGAAUCUCGCUUCCUAUGCCAAUUUG